AUGGAGGCUGUCUGCAGUGUCAAUUCAUAUAAAUUACUCCACAACUACACUCUUUCACCUCAAGCUCAAUUGAGCAGUCAAAAGUAUUUAUUCAAAAUGGAACAAAACGAAACUGAACACCAGGAAUUAUCAGGAUCCGAACUAGGACAUCUGGAGAGUGAAGAUGACAUGGUUACGAGUCCUCAAUUCAACCAAGACGCUAGUCAAGUAAUCAACGACACAGAGAUGAAAACUGAUACUCAAUUGGACCGCGGAGAGCUUCUGGAUCCAGAAAGUGUGGAUGUGGAACUCGAUGUUGAAGAAAUUGCUUCCCAAAACGAUACAGUGAUGUCAGAGGAAGAACCGACCUAUGACGAUCAACUGAGAAUUGACGUGGAAUUAGAUAUACAAGAGACAAAUGUUCAAGACGAAUCCAUUCUCAAUGUAGACGAAUCGGUUGCUGGGCUGGUCUCUGGAUCUGAAGAUGAUGAAAUUGUUAGUGUGUCAGACGAAGUCGAAAACGUAAGUGAGCAUGGUUCAGUAAUUGAGUUAGAGAGCGAGGAUGAGAUCGAAAAUUUGGAGUUUGAAGAGGAAGAAAAUGCAGAGGUUGAUGAGUCCUCAGAUUCCGGUGUUGAUGGAGAGAUUAAUGUUGAUCCUGCUGCUGCUGGGGAGCUGGCUCCUCCAGUGAUUGUAGAGGAGGAGGCUCAAACAGAGCCGGUGUCUUCUGAAACGCUGAAAAUUGAAAGCAUCACUCUGCAAUCUAACCAACCUAUUGAGACUGUCACGGAGGUACCGGCAAUUUCUCUGACUGAAGCUUCAUACAUACGAACCCCGGUGUACAUCAUGAUUCAAAGCGAUACCUACCUACUAGCACCUUGCCAGCAUCAAGAUGAAGAUGAUCCGGAAAGUUUAAUUUCUCUUUUCAGCUGGGAUGAAGUUCUGGGAUGUAGUCUUUACGAAUUGACCCAGUUCUUCCGUCUUAACGAUGAUUUGAUGGAUGCCUAUGGGUUUGAUACCGAUGAUGAGAUCAAGUUAGAUUUCAAAGAACUUUAUUUGUCCGUUGCGGAGGAUGACAUUUCUGCCAAAAACAUAAAAUUGAUCGACGUCCUACAAAUAUUUCAGAAGCUUUCAACUAACACAAGUUCACUGGGCGACGCACCAAGCAAGCUCACGAUAGCAGUAUCAACACAGCAAAGAUCCAUUACUCAGUUCAAUCAUCUUCAAGACAUAUGUCUGAAAAAUGGUGGAUUUGAAUUGCUCCAACCCAACCAUUCAAAUGGAGACUGGCUCGAAAACGGAGAGAUACCUACGAAGAAACGAAAGUUGCAAUAA